AUGUUAAGGAAAUCUCCCCGUAGUCAAGAGGAAAUGGACAGUUACCCUUCCAGAACUGCGACAGGGGGAAAAUAUGAAUUGAAAUAUGGAUUUACGGCAAAUCUGCUGGCGGAAACCUCGAUAGCAAAUGUGAACGGAACGGAAUGCAAUAACGAGAUGAAAAUACCGAAAAUUUCCUCCAUCAGUCAUGACAGAUAUUUCAGUCAAGGAAAACAGUCACACGUUUAUAGAAGUAGUAGAAAUUCAAGAGUUCCUUCAGAAGGCUACCGGCAAUUGGCAACUGAAAUAGAGAAGAGAACUCAUAAUAAAGAGCAAGAUGGCGCUUCUAGAGACGAAGGUUCUCCUCUACAGAUCCAGAUCACCUCUACUUUCUCACUCAAUCCAAACAUGUCGUCUAACUCCAGUCACGGCAAGAGGUCAAAUUACCCGCAAACAACCUCUUUUUACUCCCAAUCCACUCAAAGUCCAUCUUGUUUCUCUCACUACUCGACUCGUCCCAUUUUGAGUCAGCGGCACACAACAACGGAAACUAAGACACCGAUACUAGCUCAUCUCCAAAAAGAUUCCCUUGCGAUUACAUUUAGUUAUUUUGGAAAAGACUCAGUUGAUUCAACGGUGCCCGAUGACAAACUCAACCACGCAUAUGAAAUAUACACAACAACUGAGCCAAGUAGAAUGACUGACGGAGAAGUAUUAAAGGAAGUUUGGAACAAAACUCACUUUGCAGACGAGGAUGAUAAGCAUCUUUUGAAGGAUCGUUCCUCUUCAGCGCCACCGAUUCAUCGCCACAUUUUUAACGCGGAUGUUAGGUCAUACCCAUCAAUACCUCUGGAGUGCUACAGAUAUGCACAUAAUACAAGGCAAAAUAAAUGUGAGGGAAAGAGAGGGGCACGUGGAAAACAUCUAGAACAGUGCUUUUGCAUCUGGGAUUAUCCGAAAGGUCAAUUCUUACUGAGAGGAGGCAGCGAAAACAAAAUGCUUCCAGUAGGAACGAAUAAUCAGCAAGACAAUUCUUGGUCUAAUUCACUGCCCAUCACAAUAGCUGAAGAAACAGGAACUCAAGAUGAAUCGGUUGCUAUGGAUCUGAAAACUAAUGAAACACAAUUGUCGCCGUGCUUCGCCACCGGUGAACAUGAUUUGCUAGUAGUAACGGAUACCAAUGACAACGACGAUAAAACAUGGCUUAACGAUGCACAAAGACCAAUUGGGGUCUUAACUGGAGAAAAAUUGUUACCUUGGAGACAUCAAACCCUGUCCGUAGAAUCUUUCCAUAAAUUAGAUACAACAAAAAAGGAGAAACUACAACAAGAUGAUGCACAAAGUGGCUACCCGUGGGUAUUCACAUAUGAAAAUGGUUCCUUCGAGGUAAGUUGUGGAGCAAGACAAGGUUUGAAGAGAAAUCCCCGCAAUUCACGGAGAUCCAAACGGAAAUAUGGAAAGGCACGGUUUGACGUCACGCCAGCACCUGAACCAUUCCAGAACCUGGAGAUGCAGCUGGCUUUGGAAAAUGACAAGGAACCGGUGGUUAAGAUACCAAACUACUUCUUUGAUGUCACCCAAGAGAAAAGAGCAUAUCAUAAUCCGAAACUCGAGCUUGUAAAUCCCUUAGGAGAAAACAUUUUUUCAGGCCCUCAGGAUUUGAAUGUUCAGCCAUCACAACAGAGUUGUCUACCCUUUCAAAAACCUCCAAGCAAACCAACAAAACCAGCACUCAGUGAGGUCAAAUGCAACAAAGAAUACAGGGAGGUGACAACUUUGGAGAAUUCUGCGCCAUGCAAAAUAAACAAUAAGGGAACAAGAACCCUAGAUGUAUACAAACAUUUCACAAAAGGCCAAGGUGCUGUGAUUCUAAAUAAAAACCCAUCUUCGGUCAGAAGCUUUCAAUUUUGUUCAUUCAAAGACGAAAGACCAAAGUCUGCCUUCGUGACCCAAAGCUCUUUAACCAGCGUUUCAUGUCCGCCACCAGCCUUAAUGAGUAACUGUCCAGGGCUUACCAGCCGAAAUCAAUACCAACCAACAUAUCCUAUUCUGAAACUACCCCAAGAGAGACCGAGCAGAACAAUCGAGGGUGUAAGCAUUUCUUAUGGGGCUGAAAACUCUUUGAAAUCAAUGGUAGCUGUUAGCUCUCCUUUUCAACGAUCAAGAGAGUUCUUCCAAUUUCAUGAUAUGAUCGCAAAACGUGUAAGUAGCGCCACGUGUGAAAGAAAAGACAGAUUGGAGUCCACAGAAUGUGGAUUUCCUUCUAGUAGUUCGCAAAACCAACAAACAACGAACCAACCAAAAAGUAGUUCGUCGAAAAAAAUGGACAUUUUACCGCAACUGGGGAGUUCCAAAGCAAAUGAUUUCACAGGAGAAAAGGAAUGCCUAUCACGUUCAGAAACUUGGAAAGGAAUCUUGCAUCAUGAUGUGAACUCCACUUACACACAGACAUCUGCCGCUGGAAAUCCAACAAAAGAGGUGCCAAUUGGGGAACGAAAAUAUCAAUGCGAGGUGUGUGGACGGGCGUUCAGUCGAAGUAACACUUUAAUCACCCACAAGCGCAUUCACACUGGUGAUAGGCCUUUUUCUUGUGAUUUGUGUGGUAGGGCAUUCCGUCAACUUGGGAACCUAACUCGUCAUAAACUGACUCACGCUUCUAUCAAACCUCACGCCUGUCCACAGUGCAACAAGUGUUUCAGCCGCACAUCCAACUUAAACACCCAUAUGCGAACACACACAAAUUACAAACCAUUUUCGUGCGAUUUUUGCGGAAAGGGAUUCCAUCAGAAAGUCGACAUGAAAAUACAUCGCUACACUCACACUGGUGAGAAGCCACACAGGUGUAGCAAGUGCGGCCGCGGCUUCAAACAGCUCACUCACCUGAAGUACCACAUGAGAACUCAUUCCGCUGUUCGAAUGUACAAAUGCGAACACUGCGGCAAAGGCUUCAAUCAGAAAGGAAAUCUCCAGGCACAUAUCUAUGGACAUACGGGAAACAGACCCUACAAAUGCGACAUUUGUGGAAAGGGAUUUACUCUCACUUCUACACUUAACACUCACAAACGUACCCAUGCGCCAACUAAGCCAUUCAAAUGUGAGUUUUGUGAAAAAGCUUUUUACCAAAAGAACGCAUUAAAAACUCACUACAUAUCAUCUCACCCAUACACGGACGGAGUUUGCCUUCUUUGA